AGAGAGAGAGAAAAAGGGAGGGAGGAAGAGAGAAUGCUUAGAGCUCUUAGUCAUGUGAUUUUUUUGUUUGUAUUUUUUUACAGUCUCAUAGCGAUUAAAUGUUAGCAGUCCCAGACUGUUCGGAUAUUUUUCCACACUUUCCUAACGCUUUUAUUUCUCUGACUCAGACUCCUUCUUUCAUGGGUCUAUGCCAGCACAUUUUCUGAUGCCUUUUUUCUGUCCUUUCUUUUCUCUUUUUUUUUUCUCCGUUCCUGCUUAAAGGGCGAGUCGGUCCAGCUGUGUAAUGCGUGAGUGAAACGGCUGCUCGUGUUUUAGUGUUGUAAUUCAGGAGAAAGGGAAAAAUAGAGAGAGAGAGAGAUUUGGAAAUGCUGUAGUCAGUCACGAGGAGCAGUGUAUGUGUGUGUGUGUGUGUGUGUGUGUGUGAGGGGAGGGGGGGAAAACAACGAAGCAAACGUGCGAGGGGAGUGGAAGUGUUUAUUUAACCUGUGUCACGGAGGGACAGAAAAGGUGUGAACCAGUCAGUGUGCCACUGGUGUAGCUUAACGCCUGGGCAUCAUUCUCUGUUCGCCGACCUCAUAGGAAAGGACCCAGGCAGGAGAGCGACUGGUAGUCAUUGGAAGACACUUAACAUUUUCUAAAAGAGGAGAGGGAGAGAGAGGGAGAGAGGGGGAGAUAGAGAGACUGUGGGGAGGAGAGAUAAACAGAGAGAGUGAGAGAGAGAGAGAGUGUGAGAAGUAGAAAGAAGCUGGAAGAAGUAGACGGCAUGAGUAAGUGAAAGAAGGAAAAGGCAGGUAGUUUUGAUGAGGGCCAGAGAUCAUGAUGAGAUUAACAGGCACGUGAACUUAACCUACAGACACACACACGCUUCGGUGCGGUAGAAGGACUUUGAGUAAUCGGCAGACACACACACCUGCCGACCCCAGCAAACGGUAACGGAGAACACACAGGAACUGAGGAGCACAGAGACAGGAGGAGGAGGAGGGGUGGAAGAGGAGGAAAGAGGAAGAUGAGAUACCGUGGGAGGGAGGUUGGGGUGAGAUUAGUGAUGGAGGGUGCUCUGACGGCGAGGGACCGGGUGGGGGUGCAGGACUUCCUGCUUCUGGAGAACUACACCAGCGAGGCGGCCUUCAUUGAGAACCUGCGCAGACGCUUCCGCGAGAACCUCAUCUAUACGUACAUUGGUUCAGUGCUGGUGUCAGUGAACCCAUAUAAGGAGCUGGAGAUCUACUCCCGGCAGCACAUGGAGCGCUACAGAGGAGUGAACUUCUACGAGAUCUCCCCUCACAUCUUUGCCCUUGCGGAUAACUCGUACCGGGCGCUGCGCACGGAGCGGAGAGACCAGUGCAUCCUGAUCUCGGGGGAGAGUGGCGCAGGCAAGACUGAGGCCUCCAAGAAGAUCCUGCUCUACUACACCACCACCUGCCCCGCCCGCGAAAACAACGCCUCUAUUCGGGAGAGGCUGCUGCAGUCCAACCCUGUGCUGGAGGCUUUUGGAAAUGCCAAGACUCUUCGGAAUGACAACUCAAGCCGGUUUGGGAAAUACAUGGAUAUCCAGUUUGACUUCAAGGGUUGUCCUAUCGGAGGCCACAUCCUGAACUACCUGCUGGAGAAGUCCCGUGUGGUGCACCAGAACCAUGGGGAGAGGAACUUUCACGUGUUCUACCAGCUUCUAGAAGGAGGAGAGGAGGAUCUGCUGAAGAGACUGGGGCUGGAGAGAAACCCCCAACAGCACCACUACCUAGUGAAGGGAUGUUGUCCACGAGUGAGUUCCAUCAAUGAUCGGAAUGACUGGAAAACAGUAAAUAAAGCCUUGACCAUUAUCGGCUUUAAUGAAGCGGAGGUGGAGAAACUGUUUGAUAUUGUGGGCAGUGUCAUUCAUCUGGGAAAUACUCAGUUUGGGGAAGACGAAGACGGGGAGACCCACAUCACUACAGAGACUCAGCUCAGGUAUCUUUCUAAGCUGUUAGGAGUAAAUGGGUCAGAACUGAGUCAAGCCCUCACCCACAGGAAAAUCACCGCCAAAGGAGAAGAGAUGGUCAGCCCCCUGAAUUUAGAGCAGGCAAUAUUGUCUCGUGACGCCUUGGCCAAAGGGGUGUAUCGGCGCACCUUUACCUGGCUUGUGGCGAAAAUCAACCAAUCACUGGCUUUCAAGGAUGAUAUCUACUAUUCUGGCAAGUGCUCCUCUGUAAUUGGACUGCUGGACAUCUAUGGAUUUGAGGUCUUUCAGAUCAACAGCUUUGAGCAGUUCUGCAUAAACUACUGCAAUGAGAAACUACAGCAGCUGCUCAUAGAGCUCACACUGAAGAGUGAACAGGAGGAGUACGAGGCUGAGGGGAUUGCGUGGGAGCCUGUGAAUUACUUCGACAAUAAGAUCAUAUGUGACCUGGUGGAGGAGAAGCACAAAGGCAUCAUUGCUAUUCUGGAUGAGGAGUGCCUCAGACCUGGAGAUGCCAGUGACAUCACCUUUCUGGAAAAAAUGGAAGACACCCUCGGAGGCCAUGCACAUUUUGUCACUCAUAAGCUGGCCAAUGGGAAGACUCGUAAAGCAGUUGGCAGGGAGGAAUUUCGACUACUGCACUAUGCUGGAGAGGUCAACUACAGUACCAAUGGGUUUCUGGACAAAAAUAACAAUCUCCUCUACAGAAACCUCAAGGAGGUCAUGUGCCAGUCAGAGAACCCGAUCAUGAGUCAGUGCUUUAAUCGAGAGGAGGUGAUUGAUCAGAAACGGCCAGAGACGGCUGCUACCCAGUUUAAAUUCAGUCUGGCAAAGCUGAUGGAGAUCCUCAUGUCAAAGGAGCCAUCCUACAUGCGCUGCAUUAAACCCAAUGAUGGCAAACAGCCAGGUCGUUUUGAUGAGGUGCUGGUGCGUCACCAGGUGAAGUAUCUGGGCCUGAUGGAGAGUCUAAGGGUCAGGAGAGCAGGCUUUGCUUACCGCCGCCAUUACCAGGCCUUCCUACAGAGGUAUAAGUCCCUCUGCCCGGACACCUGGCCUAGCUGGGAGGGGAAUCUGGCCGAUGGUGUGGCAACGUUGGUCAAACAUCUGAGCUACACGCCAGAGGAGUACAAACUGGGAAGGUCCAAAAUCUUCAUCCGCUUCCCGAGGACGCUCUUCAUCACAGAGGAUGCUCUGGAGGCCAGGAAGCCCAGUAUGGCCACCAUUUUGCAAACCUCCUGGAGGGGCUACAGAGAAAGGGCCAAAUACCACCGCACCAGACGAGCAGUGGUCGCCAUCCAGUCAUGGUGGAGGGGUGUGAAAGGACGGAGGAGGGCGAAGCGUCGCAAAGAAGCAGUGGACACCAUACGCAGUUUCAUCAAAGGCUUCAUCCUGAGAGACGAGCCUCGCUGUGCCGAUAAUGAGUACUUCUUGGAUCACAUGCGCUUCUCCUUCCUCAUGACGCUGAAGAGGAACAUGCCCAAAACUGUGCUGGACAAGAGCUGGCCCCAACCUCCCGUGGCACUCACAGAGGCUUCUGAACACCUGCACAGACUCUGCAUGCGCAACAUGGUGCGGGCCUACUGCAGGAGAGUGCAGCCAGAGUGGAAAAACCAGAUGGAGCAGAAGGUUAUAGCCAGUCAGAUCUUUAAGAACCAAAAAGACUGCUACCCGCAGAGUGUGCCAAAGCUGUUUGUGGGCACCAGACUGGAGACAGAGGAGAUCAACCUUAAGGUGAUACAGACUCUCGGCAAUGACAAGAUGAAGUAUGGUGCGUCCGUCAUUAAAUAUGACCGACACGGUUUCCGGCCGCGGCCGCGGCAGCUCCUGCUGACCAGCUCCGCUGUGGUUCUGGUGCAGGAGGCCAAGGUGAAGCAGCGGAUCGACUACAGUACCCUGCUCGGUAUCUCUGUGAGUUCCCUCUCGGAUGGCUUCUUUGUUCUGCACGUGCCCACCACAAACACCAAACAGAAGGGAGACCUGGUGCUGCAGUGUGACUAUGUGAUUGAGACCGUCGCCAAACUUGCCAUUAUGGCUGACAAGAUCCACAACGUCAACGUCAGUGAGGACAGUAUUAAGUUCGCUGUGGCCCGGGGCAAGGAGGGAGUAAUUGAGUUCACCUGCGGUGCGGAGCUCAGGGUGGUCAAGUCCAAAGGAGGCGUCCUGGCUGUGACUGCCCCUCAGCUCAACCCAACUCCAAGAUGAUGAUGAUGAUGUUGAUGAAGGCCAACCAAUGCCAGCUUGCGAUGAUCAGUAAUAGUGGACCAAUUAUUUCACAGAACGAUUACCUGCUUUAGCCAAUCACUAAGCACAAAGCCACAUUUUUGUUUGAUUUUUUUAAUUGUGAAAUUAGAGUAUUUUACACUGCCAUACACUGCACAUGACUACAGUAAAGCAUCACUUCUUAAUUUAAUACAAAAUGCUAACCUCAUUUGCUUCGCUUCUCAGUAAAAGAAAAUAAAAACACUAAAGAGAGACAACCACUGAAUGUAUGACUUUAGAAGGCUAAUGAAAAGUGUGUCCACAUACCAAAUGUAACCUCUAUUUUAUUUGCUACUGCACCCAUCUUUGGAAAAGGGUACAACGUGCAAACUUUUAAGAGGUGCAAACUUUUAAGAGACUUCAAAAGAUCAACUAAAUGAAGAGGGCGGUCAUCUUCAGGCAAUAAUCUUAAACCCCCUCUCUCUUUGUUGCAGUGGCAACAUAGCACAACUUUUGGGCCGACAAAGCCCAGUUUAGUUUAAGUUCACUGCUUCACUGUUCGGAGAAGAAGAAGGGUGGACCCAUAAAAGUGGUGAUUGCUUGUUGAAGUUUGUUGCUUAUUUCUUUGUAUACAUUUCACUGCUUUUAAGUAUGAAAUAAUUUAUGUUUAUUUCUGCUGAAUUUUUGAUUACAUGGCAAUUUCUCUGAAUGUCUUUUUUUUGUUCAUUUUCAAACAGACUAACCUAAUGAGAAUGAUGAAUUGUAUCAUCACUAGCAGAAUGCCAUUAAUUAAUUCAUUAAUUAUUUGAAUGUUAGAAUCCUUAAAGCUGUUUACCCACUAUUUUGGUCUUCAUCUUUUGUUAUUUGCUAAGAAUAUGCCCUUGCGUAUAAUUUUCUAUCCUAGAAACAUUUCUCAUCAAAUCCUUUCACGUUUCACUGUAUAUGCUGUAGGGUCAUGAAGUAUUACCAAAUCCUAAAUGUUCAAAUGGCAGAAUCUGCUCUUCCUAUGCUAUAAACUAUUCUUAAAUUAGUCUUUGCAAAUAAUGUAUUGUUACUAAAGACUACGAAUGCAAGAACAUAGGCCCUACUUCUUUUUGUUGGUAGUACCUACAGAAGUUGAAAUUCUGGACACUUCUAGGGUAGGAAGGUGUUCAUAUUCACCUGUUCUCUGUGAUAUGUAUUUCUACUUCAGUAACCUCAUUGUCAGUGAGAAUCACAUCCCAUUUGAAAAGCUUUGCAUUACUCAAAACAAGUCCAUAUUCUUUCUUAUGCAUCUUUAUUGAGUCACAUUCCUUUUGUAAUGUAAACAAAAUGACAAAGCAAAAUAAUACAAUAACACGGCUUCUAACAGAACAAAACAUUUAAAACAGUAACAAAUAAAUAUCACCUGAAAAACGUAA